CACACUCGUCCCCACAUCCACGCGCACUCCCGCACCCUCCCUCUGCUCGGCACAGCGCUCACUGCGUCGACCACAACAGCACAAAUUCCCUGCCUCCCGCGGAACAGCCAGCAUCCUUAAUCGCUACGGAAACCACCCCACUCUGUCGCCAUGGAGCUCAACUUUGACAACGUCUCCUCUCCCCCCUCCUCCCCCACCAACGGCCAUUUUGACGAGCGGGAGAAGCUGUCGUCGCGGAAGCCGGGCGCUAGCUCCUUUAGCAGCCGCGCUAACGGCCUGCCCAGCCCGACGCACUCGGCCCACUGCAGCUUCUACCGCACGCGCACACUGCAGACGCUCACCACCGAGAAACGCGCCAAGAAGGUGCGCUUCUACCGCAACGGGGACCGCUACUUCAAGGGCAUCGUCUACGCAGUGGCCGGCGACAGGUUCCGCACCUUCGAGGCCCUGCUAGCCGACCUGACCAGAUCGCUAACGGAUCACGCUAACCUGCCGCAGGGCGUGCGCUACAUCUUUACCGUCGACGGCACCAUAAAGAUCACCAGCCUGGACGAGCUGGAGGAAGGCGAGUCUUACGUGUGCUCCUCCGAAAACUACUACAAGCGCCUGGACUACACCAAGAACGUGAACCCCAACUGGUCGGUGAACGUGAAGGCGUCCUCCUCCAGCUCGGCCGCCAAGAUGGCGGCAGCGUCUGGCGGCGGCGGUGGCGGCUCGUCGCUGUCGCGCGAGUCCAAGGACUUCAUCCGGCCCAAGCUGGUGACGGUGAUGCGCAGUGGCUCACGGCCACGGAAGGCCGUGCGUGUGCUGCUCAACCGCAAGACCGCCCACUCCUUCGAGCAGGUGCUCACCGACAUCACCGACGCCGUCAAGCUGGAGAGCGGAGCCGUCAAGAAGGUGUACACACUGGAUGGAAAACAGGUGACCUGUCUGCAGGACUUCUUUGGGGACGAUGACGUGUUCAUCGCCUGUGGCCCAGAGAAGUUCCGCUAUGCUCAGGAUGACUUCUCCCUCGACGAGAACGCUCACAUUUCCUCAGGAGCCAAGCCCAAGUGGCGAGGGUCUCCUAACCAAGAGUGCCGUAUCAUGAAAGGGAUGAAGCCACCGUCUGGCCGCUCAGCUAAGAGCCCUGGUCCUAUUCGCCGCAGCAAAUCACCAGCCGAAUCAACCAAUGGCACUGGCUCCAGUAGUCAGCUGUCCACUCCCAUCUCCAAACAGUCUCCCAUCUCCACCCCGACCAGCCCUGGGAGCAAUCGCAAGCAGAAGGACCUGUAUCUGCCCCUAUCUCUGGACGAUGAGGACUCCAUGGGCGAGUCGGUGUGAGCGUGCUCAGUCGCUCCCCCGGCCGCCCUCUGAUGCUCCGCCCAUUGAGGCGUGGCUGCGGCUGCUGCCCGCCUCUAGCACCAGCAUCACUCGGUUGCUAUGGCUACACCAGAGGGGAGAAGUCAGGCAGCAUCAGUAAUGGCACUUUGCUCUUGAUUAUGUUCUGAUGAUCUCUCUCUCUUUCUCUCUCUAUCUCUCUCUCUUUCUCACACACACACACACACACUCUCUCU